CCACCGCCCGGGGCGAGGCGGAGCCCGCGCCCCGCCCCGCCGCGUCCCUCGGGCACCAUGGGCUGGGAGGAGAAGCAGGUCCGCGGGUACCCCGAGUUCGUGCAGACGGCGCAGCGCUACCACGGCCGGCCCAUCUUCGCGCUCUUCUGCGGCGACAAGGAUGCCGAGGGCAAGAGCUGGUGCCCGGACUGCGUGACGGCUGAACCAGUUGUGAGGAAAGAACUUCAUAACAUGCCUGAUGAGUCUGUAUUCAUCUACUGCCUAGUAGGAGACAGAGCCUACUGGAAAGACCCCAACAAUGAAUUCAGGAAGAAUCUGAAAUUAACAGGAGUGCCUACACUACUUAAAUAUGGAACACCUCAGAAGCUGGUUGAAGAAGAAUGUUUUAAAGCAGAGCUUGUGCGUAUGUUGUUUACUGAAGACUAAGUCCUCCAGUAGUCAAUCAUUUCUGAAGACAUUCAUCUCAAGUUGUUUGUGGCGUCCUUUCAAGGAAUCCUUAACCUUUCUUAAAACUUUUAUGGUUAAUUACUUCUGACUAGUCAAGAUAAAUAUAAUUAAAUUCUAGGUCCCAACCUUCCACUGAAAUCUUGCAAAAAAAAAAAACCCUGUAUCUUUCUUUUCAUGUUAAAAUAAACUUGAGUUUGAGAACAGUC